AUGGCUCCUGAUACGCUACUAAACAAAUAUAUUUGCAAGUUUGAAAAGAUUAAUGAUAAGCUGCUCGGACUUGUAAAUAAGUAUAGAUACGCUUACUUUAAAGCAGUGGAGGUUAUAAAUUAUUAUGAGGAGCUUGUCAAAAGAAAUGGUGAGCUUUUCGAUGAUAAAGAAUUAAUCGAGAUUUAUAACAAAAGAAGACAAUGUGAAGAAUGCAUACUCGAAGAAGAAAAAGAGAUCAGAAAAAAAUUAGAUAGAGAAAAGGAUAAUAAUAUAAUGUCUACUAAUUAUACAAAAGAUUAUAAUAUAAAUGUUGAAAAAGAUAAUUUAAAAGAGGAAAAUGUACAUGUUGUUAUGAAUGAUGAACCUAUGGAACAAAUAAAAGAUACCAAUCGUAUGAUUCAUCAUAAUACAUCAUGUAUUGUAGAUAUAAAUGAAAAGAAUAAAUCUAAUUAUGUAGAUUUGGGUACACUAGAUUUCAGUGCAUAUAAAGAAGAUUCACAAGGAUGUAUUCAAUAUUAUGGAAAUAAGGAAGAUGUCCAAGAGGAAAAACAAUGUAAGACUCAAGAAGUAGAAUCGAAGAGACAUAUGAGAGUGAAUACAUCAAGAUAUGAAAGUCAACAUGGUAUAAAAAAUAGAAACAUUUUAAAACAAUCAAUAUAUGUUAAACAAAAUAAUAAUAAUAUGAAAAGUGUUUCAGGUUCAAAGUAUGUACCAAAUAAAAGUGUUAUAAAUAUUGAUAAAAGUUUUAAAGCAACCCACAACAGGAAUUAUGAGAAUUUAAGUAAAAAAAGUAUAUAUAAUAAUAACAAUAUUAAUAAUAGUAACAAUAACAAUUUGGUGAAUAAAAUUGGUGUAGGUGGUAUUAAUAAAAAAGGUGGUGAUAAAAAAAUGGAUGUUCAUAAAAGUACAUAUAUAGGAAGUAAUAAUAAAUUAUUAAGCAAUAUGAAUAGAAGUAUAUAUAUAGGGGCAAAAAAAAAUAUAAAUAGUAAUAACAAUAUUAAUAAGAAUGGUAAUAUACAUAAUAAUAUUCAUAAUUAUAAAAACCCUUAUGAUAAUAAUAUAUCUCUAUUAGCUACUCAUAUGAACACGGUGGUAAUAAAUAAAGAAAAAGAUAUGAAUGAAACAGGAAGUAAUAAAAAUGAGAAUUCACAUAAAAAUGUAACUAAUGGAUAUACACAAAAUAGUUUAUAUAUAAAAAAAGGCAAAUCAUUUAAUGUUUUAAAUAAUAGCUUAUAUAUAAAUAAAAAUACAUGUCAAAGUAGUAUAUAUAAUAAAAGUAAUACUAUUAUAUAUAACGGAAAGAAGAGGAAAACCAAUGAAAAGGAGAAGGAAGAAGAUAAAGAUGGAUAUAAAAAUAAUGAAAUUGUUUGUACAUAUAAAAAUAAAGAAUAUAAUGAAGAUAAUAAUUCUGAUGAAAGAAAUAAAAAUAAGAAACAGACAAAUAAUAUAAUUAAUAAAGAAAAUAAUAAAAUAUAUAUAAAAAAAAAUGAUUUUUCGAAAAAUAUAUCUUAUAUAUAUGAUCAUCUAAAUACUUAUAUACCCAUAACAUUAGAACAUAUUAAAAAUUUAAUUGAAUGGGAUGAUACUGACUAUGAGGAUAUUAAGAAAUGUACAUUUGAUAAUGUACUUCAUUUUAAGGAUAGAAGAAAUAAUAUAUUAGAAGGAAUCGAUUUAGAAUGUGAUAAAACCAAAUGUAUGGAAAAAAAUUGCGAAAAAACAAAUGAAGACGUACCUAUUUAUAAAAAUAUGUAUCCAAUAUAUAAAGGAGAUCAUAUGAAAGGUGAAUUAUAUAUUAAAGAAGAAAAAUGUAAUAUACAAAAUAUAAAUAAUAAAAGUGAUGAUAAAAAAAAAUGUUAUCUUACAAAAAAUAAAAAUGUACAUAUAUACGAAAGAGACAUUUCUUCGUGUCCAAAUGAAUAUAAAAAUGAUGUAGGUGAAUCUAAUGAACAAGAAGAAGAUUCGUUUGUAAGAGAAAGGGAUAAUGUAAAUUUGGAUGGAAGGAACCAAGUUUAUGCUAAAAAAAUAAAUGACAAUAAUAAUAAUAGUAAUAUGUCCACGGAAUAUACAUGUGAAGACAUUUCUUUGAAAAAUAACAAUAAUGAUGGGGAAAGUAAUAAUGUAAAUAAAUCAAUGAUAGAUAAGGUACCUAUUAAUAAGCUAAUUAAAGAGCCUAAUGAUGAUAUAAGUUUGAAAUAUAAAAAUAUAAUAUUCAAUAUAAAUGAUGAAAUAAAAAAAAAGGUAAACCACGAAAAGAAUGAAGAAAUAAACGAACAUGUAGAAUCAUUAAGUAAACUAUGUAAUAAACCACGUAAUAUUAAAAAUGUGCCUUUCCCGUCUUGUCUAAAAAAAAAUAUCUUAUUAGAAUCAGAAGAAAAAAAGAAUCAGAUUAAUAAUAAUAAUUAUAAUAAUAAUAAUAAUAAUAAUAAUAAUAAUAAUAAUAAUAAUAGAUGUCCGUUACAUCUAGAUAUAAAUGUGGAUGUGAAAUAUAUUACGCUAAAUAUGAUUGACAUAGAUGACACGAUAACUAAGGGUGUGUGUCCUUAUAAAGAUAUGGAAGAUAAUUAUAUAUCGAGUGAAGAACAUAUAAAGGAUAUAAUUACAUAUAGUGAUAUACUAAAAAGAGAAAAGGAAACAUUUUUAAAUAAUCCAAAUGAUAUCGAAAAGUAUGAUAAUAAUGAUGAUAGUAAUAAUAAUAAUGUUAGGAAGACCCUCGAUACUAUUAUACAUUUCAAAUCGUCUGAUGAAAUAAAAAAUGAUAUUAUAAAAUUAGUCGGUAUAUCCAUAUUUCAUUGUAUACAUAAAUCAUAUGAACCUAGCAAAUCUUUAAUAAAUGAUGAGAAUCUUGAAAUAUGGUUUACGAAAAAAGAAAAGAAAAAAAAUAAGAAUGAUGAUAUGAUAAAUAACAUGAGGGGGAAUAUACUAGAACUAAAUUAUGGACAAGAUAAAGAGUUGCUUUUUGAAAAAGAAAAAAAAAAAAAAAAGAUAAUUAAUAAAAGGAUAAGUAGUAUGGGAUAUUUUAGUCAGGCGGUUGUUAUUAUGUUAUGUUCAUUAAAAAGACAAAAUGAAUAUAAAAGUUUAAAAAAAAUUAUAACUUCUAUAAUAUUAUGUACAUGUGAUUCUUCCUGCUUAGAAAAAUUUCUGCAUACUAUUCCAGAGGAAAAUAGUAAAAAUUAUACAUUAUGGAAAGAAACAUUAAAUAAAUUAACGAGCUACUUUGGACCGAAUAAAUGUGAUGAGAUAGUUGAGAGGUUGAUGAUGAUUGAGGAGGAUGAAUAUAUGAAUGAAAGCAAAAAGGAAUGUCGAGAAAAAAAUGAUUAUAAUGAAGGUGACAAUAUAGAAAAUAAUACAAAUAAAUAUGAUGGUAAUAAAUAUGAUGGUAAUAAAUAUGAUGGUAAUAAAUAUGAUGAUAAUAAAUAUGAUGGUAAUAAAUAUGAUGAUAAUAAAUAUAAUGAUAAUAAAUAUAAUAAGAAUGGUGAAAAGGAUAUGAUAAAAUAUUGCAAGCUUGAUAAUGAUAUGCAAUUCUUUGAUGAUCAUAUGAAUAAUUUAUCUUUUCCCUUUGAAUGUAAUGAAGAACAUUAUAAAAAAUAUAAUGAUGUUCAAGAAGAAGAAGAAAUUUAUGAAGAUGAGGAAUUUUGUUUGUUUAUAUGUAGAAUAAAAAAUGUACAUAAAAGAUUUGGGUAUUUAUUAUUAAUAGAUAAUUUUGAUUUUGUUUAUGAAGAUCUUUUAAAAAAUAUAAGAAAUAAAUUAAGUAGUAUUGAAUUAAUAUUAAAUAAACAUAUAUUAUUAAAACAAUUAUUUUGUAAUAUAUUAUAUAUAUGUAAUUGGUUAAACAAACCUAGAAAAUAUGAAUGGUUUGAAUGGAAUAAGGUAGGAAAGAAAUUAAGAAAAUUAUAUGGUUAUUUAGAAAAUGGGAGAAUUUCAAAAGAGAGAUGUAUUAUGUUAAUUCUUGCUAAACAUACAGGAGAAAUAUUUACAGAUAAAGAAUUAUAUUUCUUAAAAAGAAUUAGUACAUUUUAUAUAAAAGAUUUAUAUGAUAAAUGUAUAGAUUUUAUUAAUACUUAUUUAGAAAUAAAAAAUGAUAUGGAUACAGAAGAAUUUUUAGAUUCAUGUUGUAUUCAUAAUUUAAAGAAUGAAAUAAAAGAAAAGAAUACAUAUAAUAAUUCAUCUAAAUAUUUUUUACAUGAUAAAUUUUUAGGAAUUGUAAAAAAUUUUGUACAUAAAAAUUAUCAUAAAAUUUUAUAUAUAAUAUGGAAUAUAGUACUUUUAAUUAAACAAUAUCUAGUUAUUAUAUUUUGGUUUAAUGACAUCAAACCUUUUUUCCCUCUUUUUAAUUAUGCAAAUGAAGAUAAUAAACAAAAUAAAUUCUUACAAGAUUUUUUUGUAAAUUUCGUUCAUUUUUUUGAGAACUAUAAUAAGUACAUAGACAUUUUAAAAAAGGAAAAUCUAAAUGAAAAAAUUAAAAAUACAUCCACUCAUACCUUGUCUGAUACUUCAAAUAUAAAUAUCAAUAUGAAUAUCAAUAUGAAUAUCAAUAUACCAUCCUCACAAAAUGAACAUAAUAAUAAUUUAAGAAAUAAUUAUGAUAUAUACACAAAUAAUAGAAUAUCACAACAAUCUAUAUAUAAUGCUGAAACAAAAAAAAGAAAAUCUUUAACAAAUACAAUUGACUAUGCAUGCUUAUUAAAAAGAAAAAGUGCAGAACAUAAACAAACUAUGGAAAUUUCUAAACCUUCAAAUGGGGAAAAAUUUUCGGACGUAGAAUUUGAACCUUCCGAUUAA